GUCUUCUCGGCCUGCCACAUUCUUCACCAACCCCACCCCCACACAAAUCCCUGCUUCGCUUCUCCUCGCAGCGAGUGGUUUUGGUUUGCUCGACUCGACUCGAUCGUUGCUAGGGUUUGUUUGUUUGCCAGUGGGAGAGAGCCGCCGUCCAGCCAUGGCGUCGGAGAAGCACUUCAAGUACGUCAUCGUCGGCGGCGGGGUCUCGGCGGGUUAUGCAGCACGGGAGUUCGCCAAGCAGGGUGUUCAGCCAGGGGACCUCGCCAUCAUCUCCAAAGAGGCCGUGGCUCCUUACGAGCGCCCUGCCCUCAGCAAGGCGUACCUCUUUCCUCAGAAUCCUGCAAGAUUACCAGGAUUUCAUGUCUGUGUCGGAAGUGGAGGCGAGAGGCUAUUGCCUGAAUGGUACUCAGAGAAAGGUAUUGAGCUGAUCCUGGGCACUGAAAUUAUCAAAGCGGAUCUUGCCUCCAAGACUCUGACUAGUGCAGCCGGAGCAACCUUUACAUAUGAGAUCUUGCUGAUUGCUACUGGCUCCUCGGUCAUAAAGCUCUCUGAUUUCGGCACUCAAGGAGCUGAUUCUAACAACAUUCUAUAUCUGAGGGAAGUUGAUGACGCUGACAAGCUGUAUGCAGCUAUUCAAGCAAAAAAGGGUGGGAAGGCAGUGGUUGUUGGAGGAGGUUACAUUGGCCUUGAACUGAGUGCGGUAUUGAAGAUGAACGACCUUGAUGUCACUAUGGUGUAUCCUGAACCUUGGUGCAUGCCUCGUCUCUUCACCGCCGAUAUCGCAGCUUUCUAUGAGAGUUACUAUGCUAACAAAGGAGUCAAGAUCGUGAAGGGUACAGUUGCCGUGGGUUUUGAUGCUGAUGCAAAUGGUGAUGUCACUGCAGUUAAGCUAAAGGAUGGCAGAGUGCUCGAAGCUGAUAUUGUUGUUGUUGGUGUUGGGGGCAGACCAUUGACUACUCUCUUCAAAGGCCAAGUUGCAGAGGAGAAAGGUGGAAUCAAGACCGAUGCUUCUUUUGAAACAAGUGUCCCGGGGGUGUAUGCCGUUGGCGAUGUGGCCACCUUCCCAAUGAAGAUUUACAACGACGUUAGGAGAGUGGAACAUGUUGACCAUGCUAGGAAGUCUGCAGAGCAGGCUGUUAAGGCAAUCAAGGGAAAAGAGUCCGGUGAGGCUGUUCCAGAGUAUGACUACCUACCGUACUUCUACUCCAGAUCAUUCGACCUAUCAUGGCAGUUCUAUGGGGACAAUGUCGGCGAGACCGUCUUGUUUGGCGACAGCGACCCCAGCUCCGCCAAGCCCAAGUUCGGCUCAUACUGGAUCAAGGACGGCAAGGUCCUGGGUGCCUUCCUGGAAGGAGGGUCGCCAGACGAGAACAACGCCAUUGCCAAGGUCGCGAGAGCUCAGCCACCCGUCUCCAGCGUAGAGGAGCUCAAGAAGGAGGGUCUCCAGUUCGCCAGCAAGAUCUGACUGGUCUGAGCCGUGCUCUCUUCUGUGUACAUCUUCAUGUCAUUUUAGCGAUUCUCGUGUGGUUGAUGUGUUACACAGAUACUACCUACCAUAGCUCAUUACACGAUACUCUUUCUUUCUGAUUGUGAUGUCUGUACCACAUAUACUCUCUCAGCUUUGAGAUUUCAAUAAAAAUCCACAGCGUUUCGUUC